CCCCCUGCGUGCGCGGCCACGCGGCUCGGCACGCUCCCGGUCUGCGCGCCAUCUUGGCUACUCCGUGAGGUUCCAGCGGCAACUGGCGACGGUGCGCAUAUCCAGAGAGAUCCACCAAAGCCACGAGAGCAGAAUGGAACACUACCGGAGGGCUGGCUCUGUAGAGCUCCCAGCCUCGUCACCAAUGCCCCAGCUACCUCCGGAUACCCUGGAAAUGCGAGUCCGAGAUGGGAGCAAAAUCCGAAACCUGCUAGGGCUGGCACUGGGUCGGUUGGAAGGGGGAAGCACGAGGCACGUGGUGUUCUCAGGUUCUGGCCGAGCCGCUGGAAAGGCUGUCAGCUGUGCAGAGAUUGUCAAACGGCGGGUUCCGGGCCUACACCAGCUCACCAAGCUUCGCUUCCUGCAAACUGAGGACAGCUGGGUCCCAACUUCACCGGACACAGGCCUAGACCCCCUGACAGUCAGACGCCACGUGCCUGCAGUGUGGGUACUGCUUAGUCGGGACCCCUUGGACCCCAGUGAAUGUGGCUACCAACCCCCAGGUGCACCUCCUGGCCUCGGCUCCAUACCUAGUUCCAGCUGUGGUCCCAGACCCCGAAGGAGGGCUCGGGACACCCGGUCCUGAAGAUCUGUUUGCCUGACUGUACUCUAGACCUGAAUAUCUGUGCCUUCUCUAAGAAGCGCUUGUGCUCAACGUGCCAGUAAGGCUUAAAUCUACAGAAGAACUUCCCUUCCCCUCUGGAAUGUGGGAUGGGACUGUUAAAAAGACUGGUGUGGGUCACUGCUUGAGAAGGGCUUCAUGUGUCUCUAUAUCUCAUUUGCCUUUUCUGAUGUCCAACUAGGGAAGGGAAAUAAAGGUUAUGCCUGUUUGUUUUG